AGUUUAUCUCCGAAGUCGUCUUCGUGCCUCAUUAACGCCGAUGAACAAACACAUGUGAAUCCCUCUCUUUUACGCGGACACACACACACACAAGCGCCUGUUGUUUCAAUCCUCUUCAACGUUACUCGCUUUUCCACAUUUAUCCUCAGGCGACCCCCAUCAGCAUCCACUAGUACCUAUUUGGUUCUCUCGUAAUUUCCUUAAUUUUGGCGAUUACAAUCUCGGGAAUUACUGUUCUCUCCCUGCGAUCUGCUCUUGCCAGUUCCGGCGACCGUUCUUCUACAUUUAGGGUUUGUUAAGAUACUAUCCGGGAUGGGUGGCCUGGGGAUAUCGUUAAUUAUUUGCUAUUAGGGUUUCAAUUUUGAGUAUAAAUUUUGGGAUUAGGGUUUUUGAGUUUUCAAUUUCGGUCGCUGAUUUGAGAUUUCGGGGCUUUCGAUCUUUAUUGAGUAUUCGAAACUCUUUGGGACUUUGCGACUAGGAUUUUUUGGUUAUUUAUCGGCGAUGCCUCGCAGUUCUCGGAACAAAUCGAGUAAGCACAGUUCGAGGGAUGCAAGGGAUUUCUCGGAUUCCGAGAGAGAUUCAGGCGUGAAGGAUCGGAAGGACUUGACGAGAGAGAGUAGUGUCAAGGCCUCGAAAGAGUUGGCCUCUGGUGAGAAGCGAAAGCUUGAUUCGAAGGAAAACAAGGAGUCUUUUGGGUCUGGUAACGCGGAGUAUUCGGAGGAAUAUACUUCUUCGAAGCGGCGUAAGGAGAGACUAGAUGGCAGCGCGAACGACAGGUGGAAUGGUGGGGGCCAGGAUGACCGAGGGGAGAAGAAGUCUAAGGCUUCGAGUGAAUUAAGGAGUACUAAGAGGAGGGAUGAAAGUGUCGGAGUCUUCGGUGAUGUUGAGGAGUCUGGGAAGAAGAGUAGUGGAAAGAUUGAAGGGAAACAUCGGGGAUCGAGUGGAAAGGAUGGGGAGAGGGAGAAGGACAGGGAAGGGAAAGGAAAAGAAGGGAAGAGUGAGCGGGUGGUUGAUGGUGAAGAUCACCAUAGCGUGACAAAGCAAGUUGCUGAAAAAACUGAUUCAUUUGCACAGGAUCAGUUGCAAAGUCCUGAAUUGGAGAACCAGUUUGAGAGGCGAAUUAAGAGAAAGAGAGAUGGUUCUGGAGAUGGGGACAAGCAUCGGGAUGAUGUUGGAGAUGUCAAUGGCAGACGCCAAUCUUCUAAGGAUGAUAUUACCAAGGACGGGAGAUUAAAGGAUGAAAAGCAUAAGGAUGAAAGAUACAAAGAUAAAUACCGAGAUGACAUGGACAAGGAUAACAGACAUCGAGAUGAGAAGCAAAGAGAUGAGAAUAUUACAAGAGAUCAUGUUCACAGUAGGUCAAAUGAAAAGUACUUGAGGGAUGGGAAAGAUACUACAGAAGCUAGACAAAAGAAAGUUAAGGCUCAACAGACAGAUCGUAACAGGGAACAUGACGAUGAUCGUGAUUAUCUUGGCAGGGAUUAUGAUCUUGAUCAUAACAACUACCAUGAACGUGAAGGUGACCGAGACCGUGACCGCGGUCAUGCCCGAGACCGUGGUCGCGACCGAGUUCGCAAUCAUGACCGUGAACGAGAUCGAGAUCGUGACCAUGAGUGUGACCGUGACCGUGACCGUGACUGGGAUUGGGACAGGGAUCGAGAUCGUGAAUGUGAUCGAGAUGUUGAUCAUGAUGGAUCCCAUCUUGAUGACCGAAGUGCCAGAUACAAAGAUAGCCGGGGCAAAAAGAGAUCUCCAGAUGAUCCUGAUGAUUACAAUGAUAAUAAAUCUAGAAGUCUCAGAGCUCCCUAUCAUGAUGCAGAAAAGAAAUCUUUAAGCAGUGGCAGAGUUGAACCAGAUGCUGACAGGGGAAGGUCUCAACCACGUCAAGCCCAUCAGGAGACCACAGGUGGCAGCAGGAGGAGAAGUUCCCCCAGUUCAAGUUCACAUGGAGGGCCAGAUGGGAACAGGCAUUUUAAAUCUGAGGAUUCAAAGUAUAGAGAUGGUGGGACAGAACAGAGGUCCAGAGCAAAUUCUUCACGACAUGCGACUGGUUUUUCUGGAUCAUCAGAGAGAGCUUCUAAGUACAGAUCCUCUGAAAAACCUAUGAAACCAGAUGAUGGGUACAUGGGAGAGUUCUCAGCGGAGAGGCCUUCUAGUUCCAAAGCAUCACCCAUCGGCUUGGUGGAUAGGUCACCUUCAUCAACGAGUCUUGAGCGUAAACACAUGAGCAGAACAGGCACUAGGCGAAGUCUUGACAUAGAAGAAUCAGGGCGGAGGAGCAGUGCUUCCAUGGGUGCAAGAGACAGCUCUGUAGCUGAUGACAGAUUUGGUCGUGAUUUUCCUUUGGCAGAUGGGUCUCCUCAUGCAGAUUCAUCAUUAUAUAGCAGAACCGGUCAGGGCAUCUCUUCUUCUUUUGCAACCCCACCAAUUACUUUCAGGGGAGGAGUUGGCAGCCCUUUUUUGGGUUCACUUGAAGAAGAUACUCGAGUUGGUGCCCGUUACAGAAGGAAUAGUGAUCCUAAUUUGUCAAGAGUGCUGGGAAAUGCUUGGAGGGGUCCCCCAAAUUGGUCUUCUCAGGUUCCAAAUGGCUUUAUUUCAUUCCAACAUGGGCCUCCUCAUGGAGGUUUUCAAACAAUGAUGCCACAGUUUUCCUCCCCACCUAUGUUUGGGGUCAGACCCUCUAUGGACAUUAACCCUUCAGAUAUUCCUUAUCCUUUUCCUGAUGCUGAUCGCUUUACUGGUAAUUUGCGCCCACUUGGAUGGCAGAAUAUGAUGGAUGGCUCUGCGCCACCUCAUUUGCAUGGUUGGGACGGAAGUAAUGGUGUAUACAGGGAUGAACCAAACAUGUAUGGGGGCCCUGACUGGGAGCAGAAUAGGCAUCAUGUGAAUGGUCGAGGGUGGGAUUCCAGUGGGGAUGCUUGGAUGGAGCAGAACAGUGAUGUGAGUACGGAUUUGCCCUUGAUGUCCCAGAAAGAGGACCUUCCAAUGCAGUCAAUGGUGGAUGAUGUUCAUACUGGACAGGUGGGUCAGAAAUCACAAUAUGAAAAUAAUCACGGGACAGUAAAACUUAUUGAAACGGCUUCUGUUGUCGCUUCUCCUUCUAAAGAGAUGCCUAAAUCCUCACCAAAAGUUACCCACGAGAAAUCGUCUGAUCCUACUAAAACAUCCAAGGAGGAUGGUGUUACUCAGUUUUUCCGUGCUUACCUUUCCAAAAUUGACAUUUCAACAGAACUUACUGAUCCAGAGUUGUAUGGCCAGUGUAUGAACCUAUUGAAUAUAGAACAGAAUGGGAUGGCUGACAGAGAUACUAAUAUGCUCGUCAGUUUGAAGGAUGGUGGACGGGCAAUAUCCAAAAGUUCCAGUAGCUUUUUGGGAUUGAAACUUUUGCCUGCGGCAGAUGAUUCUGUUUAUCAGAGAGCCAUGGACCUCUACAAGAAGCAGAGGGUAAAAGUGAGAGCCUUGGAAAAUGUUUGUAGUGGAGAAUUAGAUAUUAUAUCAGCUUCCAAUCUGGGAAAAGUGGAGGAACCAGUUAAUGUUUGCAAUGCUGAGAGGGUGGAGGAGCCAAACUCAAUUUUAGAUACUGCUAUGCAGGAGAAAGCCGAAACUGUUGCAACUGCUGUCCCUGAGGAUGAGUUGGAAGAGUCGGUUCCUAUGUAUGAUUCGGCAAUACUGGAAGUUCCUAAUCAAGAGAAAGCAGAAGCUGCUGCAGUGUCCGCUGAGGAUAAGCUGGAGGAGCCAGCUUCAACUCCUAGUCGGGUGGUGCUGGAUCAGGUGACACCUACCCCUAACAAGUUGGAAGUGUCGGACGAUGGAAGUCCUGUGGAGCCCGUGCAAAAUUUAAGUGGGGAAGGAGUGGAUGAGAUAACUUCUGAGCAAGCAGACAGGGAAGAUGCUAGAGGUGAUUUAAUAAGCACGACUUCUGAUGAUGCAUCAUGUGCUGCCCCCCUUUUGGUCACUGAUAGCAAAGGAAAUAAGGAGGUGAUCAAAGGGGAAGCUUCUGGUGAUGCAGUGCGUGGCCCUUUACCUUUAUUUCUUCCGGAAGGUUCCCCUAAGGAAUCUGGGUCAUUGUUGCCUGGAUCAAAUGAGUCCGUAAUUUUAAGUCGGAUACAUCAUUCACCUGAAAGUACACAUUGAAACAAUUUCUAUAUCUGUGCUCUCUUGUGCUUUUGGUUUAGUUAUUUAUGCUUUUCCUUUCUUUUGUUGCCUUGUCAUUUUAGUUAAUGAAAUAAAAAAAAAA